AUGUCAUCAUUUUGGAACGAUAAUUAUUUUGGUAAUCGCUAUUCUAACGACACAUGGGGAUCAAAUGCUGCUAAUGAGGAGGAGGAGGUUGUGUCUGAAGUCCCUGUUGAUCAAAAACCACAGUUGCCAGACUUGAACAAGACUCCCACUCCACCUAUUGAUGAACCAAAUUACCCGACACAUCAAGUGUAUCAAGAUUACGGAUACGGGUAUGAAUCUCUGUACGUGCAGCAAAGUGGAUACGGUGCUGAGAAUGCACCUGUUGAUGUACCAUAUUACCUGACGCAUCAAUCGUAUCCGGGUUACAGUGGAUACGGCGGUGAAGGUGGAUACGGGGGUGAAGAUGGUUGCAGUGGAUACGGGGGUGAAGGUGGAUACAUUGGAUACGAUAGAUAUGGGGGUGAAGGUGGUUACAGUGGAUAUGGGGGUGAAGGUGGAUGCAGUGGAUACGAUAGAUCUGGGGGUGAAGGUGGAUACGGUGGAUACGGAGGCUACGGUGGAUACGAAGAAUAUGGUGGAUAUGGUUAUGAGCCCCGUAACACAUCACUUUAUGAACCAUCUACACCGGGCAAUCCAUUUCAAGUAAAUGAGGUAUCACAUUAA